AAAUCGUAUGCUGAUGACCCAGAAUAACAUGACAGACCGCGUGAUGUCGCACUUCCCGUUUUGCUGACGUGGAUGCGGUUGAAAUCGACAUGGGAUUCGACAGCGGAAUCCCACCAGUGAACCGGGCUGACGAUCGAUUCGAGUGCUGAAUUUUGAUGACGAGAAUAAGAGAUUCGCUGUGAUUGGUGUGCAAAAUGACGGGCUAUUCUGCGUUGGUGUCCACGGCGGCGGCGCCGAAAAAGUCCGCCGUUUCCGUCCGGCGCCUCAUUUGCGUAAACGCCGUUGUUUGCGGACUGGAGCUGUGUGCCAAUGCUGGGUUUGCGUACAUUCCGCCGAUCCUGCUCAAAGCCGGCUUCUCGGAAACUGUCAUGAGUUACAUCAUGGGCAUAGGACCUGUGAUAGCAUUGAUCACUGUUCCUGGGAUCGGAUCGUGGUCGGACCAGACGAGAUGUUCUUGGGGCAGACGACGCCCGUUUAUUUUAUUCCUGAAUUUGAUAAUGUUGAGUUCGUUGGUGCUGAUCCCUUUGGGUCACUUCCGUGCCGUUCCUGGUGAUCCUUCGAGGCUGGCGGGAGUUUCAGAUGCCUCGGCUGGGCAUUGGUCCAAUUCGCAGGCUUUCAGAACCGUGGUGCUCGCGGUCGGCGUGGUGCUGUUGGACUAUGCGUCCCAGGCCUGCUUCAAUCCCUGCGAGGCCCUGCUCACGGACGUCAUGAAGGACGACUCCAACGUGGAACGCGGCUUCGUCGUCUACUCGGCCAUGCUCAGCCUCGGCGCCUGUCUCGGCACUCUCACGACGGCGGUCGACUGGACAGCCUUCGCAGUUGCCUGCGGCGUCGACGUGUCCACGCUCAUCUUCUGCCUCCUGUUUGCCUGCAGCGCCCUGUGUCUGGUCGUGACGCUGGCGGCGGCGCAGGAAGUGCCGCUGCGGUCCAAAGACCGAGAGAGGGAGCGGGAGCGGGCAGUGGACGUGGCGCGGCGUUGGGCGGUGAGCGGCGUGUGCGCCGUGUGUCGGAUACCGGUGAUGGUUGGUAGGGCGCUGAUGCACCGCGCCAGACGCGGCGGGGUGCUCGGGCUCGCGCUGUGCCUGCUUGCCGGCUUGCUCACAUUGCUUCUAGAGGUUGUUCGAUGGCCGUUCCAGUUUGUCAAGAUGUACCGCAGCAGUCCGGAAGCACUGAGGAGACUUUUCUUGGCUGACCUGGCUUCGUGGACAUGCCUCAUGGGUCACGGGAUUUUCUACACCGAUUUCGUGGCACAAGCCAUUUAUAAAGGUGCGCCAGAUGCCGACGUGGGUUCCGAGGAGGCAUCCGGGUACGACGAAGGUGCUCGAAUGGGCUCGUGGGGUCUUUGUUUCUUCAGCAUCGUGGGUUUCAUGUAUUCCACAUUUGCCCAGGAAUGGAUUGUGGGGAAAGUCGGGCUUAAGUGGAAUUACAUGGGGUGCUUGACGACUCUCGUGAUCUGCAUGGUGGGCCACAUUUGGUUCACUUCCAUAACAGUGCUGAACACCUUAUCGGCUCUGGCUGGGGUCGGAUUCGCCGCUGUA